AAAGGUCAGCUCACGUCUCUCCAUAGUCCAUUCAUUUGGUGUUAUUCAACUCCCCUCUUCACUCUCUCUCUCAUGGCCGCCAAGAAGAGUAGUGAAGCAAUUUCCCUCUUGUUUAGUAGUUUUAUAAUAAGAGUAUUUCUUCAACAACCAUAAAAACACAGCCCGCAUCCAGCUCUCUGUGUUCUUGAGUCUUGAUUUGUGUGCUUGACUCUCUCUUAUCUCUCUACUGGUUUAAUAAAAAGGGCUAUUUCUCUAUUUUAAUGCUUGUUUUAAGGGAAUCCCACUUCAAGAACUGAGCUUUCUCUUCACCUUCCUCAUUUUCCUGGAUUUUCUUGUAAAGGGUCUCUUGUUUUCUAUCCGGAGAGAAAUUUUCAUUUCAAGAGGAACAGCUGUAUCUUCUUGGGUUUCCUUGGAAAAGGGUGUUUUUUUCCUGGUUUUAGUUUGAUAAAAGGAGGAAGAAACAAAGAAAGAUUUGAAAUGGGAAGUAAAUGGAGGAAGGUUAAGCUGGCGCUUGGAUUGAAUCUGUGUGUUUAUGGUCCUAACAAUCAUGUAGUUGACAAUGAUGAUGAUGAAGACUCUCUGCCGCCGUCUGAGAGGCGGUCGGACGCCGCCCUGCUGUCGCCGCCGGGUGACUGGACGUCAGCUCCGCCGACGCCAACUUCCAAUAAGCUGAAGCUUUCCAAGAGCCUGAGUAGAUCUUCUUCUAAGAAGACCUGCUCAAUAUGUUUGGCAUCAAUGAGACGAGGAGACGGCCAAGCUAUAUUCACUGCAGAGUGUUCGCACUCCUUUCAUUUUCAGUGCAUUGCUUCAAACGUAAAGCAUGGAAACCAAAUUUGCCCAGUUUGUCGAGCAAAGUGGAAAGAAAUUCCCCUGCAAGGCCCCAACCUGGAUUCUCCGAUGGGAAGAGCAAGAAUAAAUCCGGUCGAUUGGCCCCAAAAUAAUGACAUGAUGACGGUUAUCCGUCGAUUACCACCUCCUCGUUCAAAUUCCACUCGGCAUGUUGCACCACUAUUUCAAGCCCCUGAGCCAGCUAUCUUCGAUGAUGAUGAGUCAUUGGAUCAUGAAAUCAGCUCUACAGACAGAAGCUUUUCUAAUAAGGGUCCUGUGGAUUGUAAUGACCAGAGAAAAGUUAGUAUGACAACGUACACAGAAGUUUCAGCUGUUGCAAGAUCCAGUUCGUCAGACAGUUUUACUGUCUUACUUCAUCUAAAAGCUCCUGUUUCAAAUUCGUGGCACAAUACCAGCCGGAAUGAUGCAACAUUGCCCAAAAUUUCCCAAACGCCUCGUGCACCCGUUGAUCUUGUGACUGUUCUUGACAUCAGUGGAAGCAUGGCUGGCACCAAGCUUGCAUUGCUAAAACGAGCUAUGGGGUUUGUGAUACAGAAUCUUGGACCGAAUGAUAGGUUGGCUGUAAUUGCAUUCUCUUCAACGGCUCGGCGCCUCUUUCCCCUUCGUCGGAUGUCUGAAGCUGGACGGCAACAAGCUUUACAAGCUGUUAAUUCGUUGGUUGCCAAUGGAGGAACUAACAUUGCCGAGGGCUUGAGAAAGGGGGCAAAAAUAAUGGAAGACCGAAGAGAGAAGAAUCCUGUUGCCAGUAUAAUAUUACUAUCUGAUGGCCAGGAUACAUAUACCGUCAAUAACAUUGGUGGCAAUCAGAACCAACCGAAUUACCAGCUGCUCCUUCCUUUAUCUAUUCGCCCUGAUGAAACCUCCGGUUUCAAGAUUCCAGUUCAUGCCUUUGGCUUUGGUGCCGAUCAUGAUGCAUCGUCUAUGCAUUCAAUUUCUGAGAUUUCUGGAGGGACGUUUUCUUUCAUUGAGACUGAAGGGGUAAUCCAGGAUGCAUUCGCACAAUGCAUUGGGGGCCUUUUGAGUGUUGUUGUUAAGGAUCUCCAUGUCAAGAUCGAGUGUGUUCAUCCGACAAUCCAUCUUCGCUCUUUAAAGGCAGGAAGCUAUCCAAACCGAGUGUUGCCCAAUCAACGUGUAGGAUCUGUUGAUGUUGGAGAUCUUUACGCAGAUGAGGAGAGAGACUUCCUGGUUUCUGUAAAUGUUCCCACCGAAAUUUCAAGCAACGUAACAUCACUUUUGAAGGUAAGUUGUGUCUACAAUGAUCCAUUGACAAAGGAAUCAGUGACCUUAGAAGGUGGAGAAGUUAGAAUCGAGAGAACCGACGUGGCUAGACAUGAGGACAUCUCGAUCGAAGUGGACAGACAACAGAACAGGAUUCGAGCAGCGGAGGCAAUGGCACAAGCACGAACAGCGGCUGAAAAUGGGGACCUGGCUGGUGCCGUUUCUAUACUCGAGAACAUCCGAAAAGUUCUAUCAGAAACUGUGUCAGCUAAAUCACACGAUAGGCUCUGCAUUGCCCUCGACGCUGAGCUCAAGGAAAUGCAAGAGAGAAUGGCGAGCAGACACGUUUAUGAAGCAUCUGGAAGGGCAUAUAUUCUGUCGGGACUGAGCUCACACUCUUGGCAGAGAGCAACAGCAAGAGGUGAUUCUACAGACGGUUCAAGCCUUGUUCAGGCGUACCAAACCCCUUCAAUGGUUGAGAUGGUUACUCGUUCUCAGGCUUCAUUGCUGGGCAGCCCUUCAGCCCAAAGGCUUCUUCGACCAGUGUGGUCGUUUGCUUCACAACCAAAGCCAAGGUAGUGAAGUGGGGUUGUUCAAUCACUAGUAACAUCCCACGACGUCAACCUUGUCUCCAUCUUCCUUUGUUGUGUUUCCAGUUUUGUUUAGGGUGGGUAACCGGAAGAAAACAGGGCGAUUUUUGCUUUUCAAUACUAUUCCCAUCUAAUUUUGUGAAGAAAUAAACUCUGUAAAGGGUGCAGUAUAAUAUUGGGGGAAGGAAUGGGAUCAUGUAGCUAGUAGGAUAACAAGUGUGGAUUUGUAGAUAAGGAUAUAUGGUAUUGGAGAUAAAAAUGGGUAUUAGUUUGUAAUUGUGGGGGUAUUGUCUAGUGAACUAUCCACCUCUUGAAUGUAAGAAUCGCAAUGUGAUUUCAUCGACAAGUUUUAUAUUCGUUGGUCUUGUUCGUA